GGAAACUGGGAAGUACUCGUCGAAGUGAAGUACACUGGAAUUUGCCAUACCGUAAGUGCUCCCAUCUAUCCAUGCUUCCAAAGCGAGCAGCAGCUGAUGAAGUUCCAGGACAUUGUUGUCAGAGAUGGUGGCAUGCCUAUUGGAGAAUAUCCCGCGGUACUCGGCCACGAGGGAGUUGGAAUAAUUCGAGAGGUUGGAACAGGUGUUAAGGACAAUUCUCUGUCCCCGGGAGACAUCGUUCUAUUGUCCUUUCAUACCUGUGGGCAAUGCGGCCCCUGCGAAGAACGCCGACUCGGCGGAUGUCCGCAUAUGACAGAAGCCAACUUUCUCAACACAGCCCGCUCUGGAGACAGGGGAAAGACUCCAAUUAGCCUCCCCGACGGAACACAUGUCCAUGGACAGUCGGCUUCUGGCCUCGGGCGAGCCACUGCUUUUGCCUUUGCAAAGCAAGGCGCCUCCGUUGUUUGUGCAGAUAUUUCUCCCUUGUCGAGCCAUGGGCAAGCAACACACGGGGUCAUCAUGCAGGAGGGUGGGAGAUGCAGCUUCGUCAAGGCCGAUGUGUCUAGUGAGGAAAGCGUUGAAGCGCUUAUUGAAAACACCGUUCCCGACUUUGGAAAGUUGGACAUAAUGGUCAACAAUGCUGGUGUUGCUCCAGAGGCGCAUUCUCCAAAGCCCAUUUGGAAGACGACUGAAGAAGUAUUCGACAAAACCCACAGAAUCAAUGUACGGGGUGUCUUCCUCGGAUGCAAAUAUGCUGGCCUCCAAAUAAACAAAGGACAAAGAGUUGGUUCUAUCAUUAAUGUGGCGUCCGUCCUGAGUGUGCUGGGAAAAUCUGGUACACCUGCCUAUGCAGGGUCCAAAGGAGCGGUCAUUUCGAUAAGUAGAGCGGCAGCAAUGGACUUCGCGCACACAAUAUUUCCUGCAACGCGAUACUUCCUGGAUGUAGGUGGUACAACACAGUAUGAAUUAGUGUAUUAG